CUAGCGUAAUUGUUUGUGUAUGUCAUUGUAAAGGUAACAUGGAUAUUGGGGCUGCAAGCAUCAAUGGCUGUCGUAAUAUCACGGCGAACCCGGCAAAUAUCACUACAAAGCUUCACUCUCUCUGUCCUCCCGCUACAUUUCCAAUAACCAAUUCUCUACCCAAUAAUUUCGGCACCCUUUUUGCUACACAAUGUAUACCCACCAAAAUUGUGUCUGCCACAAAAACUCAAUCCCCUCGUUCCGUAAGAGAGGAUGCUAUCAGGGAAAUUCAGCAUUCUUCUGAUGUCAAUUUUGCACUCGCUAGGUGCGGAGAGAUCUUGAAGGUACCUGAUUUAAACAUCAUAUUACGCAAUUUUGGAAGGUCAAGUAGGUGGAAGCAUCUUAUUCAGCUAUUCGAGUGGAUGCAAAAGCAUGGAAAGAUCAAUAUUGCAUCAUAUAGCAGCUACAUCAAAUUUAUGGGGGAGAGGAAGGACAUUUCAAAGGCUCUUAAUGUAUAUGAGACUAUUAAUGAUCAAACCAUGAGAAAUAAUAGCUCAAUAUGCAAUUCUGUUCUCAGCUCUUUGGUUAAGAAUAACAAGUUUGAAAAAGCUAUGAGUAUGUUUGAGCAGAUGAAGCAAAAUGGUUUGCUGCCAGAUGUUGUGACAUAUAGUACGCUGCUGGCCGGUUGCUUAAAAGUAGACCAUGGAUAUAUGAAGGCUCUGGAACUGGUGGAAGAGCUGGAAAAUAAUGGGAUUCAGAUGGAUGUUAUUACAUAUGGGACUCUUAUAGCUGUUUGUGCUACCAACCGCCGAUGCGAGGAAGCAGAAAUGUAUUUUAUCCGCAUGCAGGCUGAAGGUCAUUCUGCAAACAUGUACCAUUAUAGCUCAUUACUCAAUGCAUAUGCUUCUGAUGGUGACCACGAGAAGGCUGACAAAUUGGUGCAAAAUAUGACAUCUGCAGGAUACACGCCGAAUAAGGUCUUUUUGACAACUUUGCUAAAGGUCUAUGUUAGAGGGACCUUGUUCGAGAAAUCAAGAUCCCUGUUAUUAAAGCUGGAAAGUUUGGGCUUUGCUGAAGAUGAGAUACCUUAUUGUCUCUUAAUGGAUGGCCUCUCAAAAUCUGGGAAGGUUCAUGAAGCUAAAUUGACUUUUGAUCGGAUGAAUGAGAGACAAGUCAGAUCAAAUGGCUAUUCGCACAGUAUUAUGAUCACAGCAUUCUGCAGAGCAGGGCAUGUGGAAGAAGCAAAGAAGUUGGCUAGGGAUUAUGAAGCUUCAUACAAUAAAUAUGAUGUUGUCAUAUUAAAUGUUUUGCUGUGUGCUUACUGCAGAGCAGGAGAUAUGGACUUUGUGAUGCAAACAUUGAGAAAAAUGGAUAAACUGGGUAUAAAUCCUGAUCAGUAUACCUUCCGCAUUCUAAUAAAGUAUUUUUGCAAAGAGAAGCUAUAUCUGCUUGCAUAUCGUACCCUGCAAGAUAUGAGAAUUAAAGGUCAUCAACUGGAGGAGGAAGUUUUAUCUUCUUUGCUUCUUCAACUUGGUAGUGUUGGUGCUCAUUCUGAAGCAUUUUCAGUAUACAUGAUUUUAGUAUCUGGUGAAAAAGCAAUAUGCAAGACCCUCCAUGAGAAGAUAUUGCACAUACUAAUAGCAGGGAAGCAUUUGGAAAAUGCAUUUGUGGUAGUCAAGGACAGUGCGAGAUUUAUAUCUCCACCUGCUGCUAAGAAGUUUUUAGGAGCAUUCAUGAAAUCAGGCAAUAUAGACUUAUUGAAUGAUGCCGUGGAAGCUAUUCACGAUUCUGGCCACAAGAUUGAUCAGGAUGUAUUUCACCUGGCCAUAUCACGUUAUACUGCGCAACCAGAAAAGAUGGAAUUGCUUCUGCAGUUAUUGCAAUGGAUGCCAAGUCAUGGCUAUGUGGUCGAUCUAUCAACAAGAAACCUCAUCCUCAAGCAUCCGAACUUACGCAGGCACCAAGUUAUUGCUGAGAUAAUGGCAAAACAGCAUGCUAUAGCAAGCACAUGACAGCUUGCUAAAAUUAUCCUGUUUUGUGGCACCUUGGUGGACUGUGCAAAGUUCUUCCACGGCUCCAACCACCAUCUUGCCCUUGUUAUCUGUUGUAAUUAUAUGUUACUACUUUUGGUAGCUUGAUCAAAGCUGGAUUACAAAUGAUUCAUUAUUGUUAUCAUUUACAUCAAACAAGCUUGCUACGAGCAAACCAUGGACAGUGCACCCAGGUGUACAGUGAGAGCUAUGUGCAUUUGGACCAAAA